UAAAUGAUUUUAAUUCAUGAAAAGUGCUUAAAUCAAGUACCUGGCUUAAAGUGAGAUAAGCCGUCAUUAUUAACCAAUUGGGGAAACUUCAACUGGAUUUGGCAUCUGGGGAUCCAACUGGAAAGGCCUGCUUGGGAGUGUCUUGUCAAUGUAGUUUGCAUAACGGUUGAGGUCCUGCUGACGUCAAGGGCUCCUUGCAGCUCCAGGUCAGAUCUAGUCCUGGAAGUAGUUCCUGUCACAGAACAGUCCCACAAUUGCCCCGCCAACCUUGCUUCCUAUCCAACUCCCGAAGCACCAGGAAGUGAAACAAAGCCCCGUGCCUCCAACUCACCCUUGUCCCUCUCAUCCCAUCCCCCAGGGCUCCACUUCCUCCUCCUCCUUUUCACCUUCCAUCUCCUAUCCUAAAGGGCUCCCAGAAUGGGAACCAGAGGUGGGAAAAGCAUGGGACACAUUAUACAAACCUGAGGUGAGCUCUCCUACCCCCACCCAACCCCAAUUUCCUUAUUCCAUGUGUAUCCACCGAUGUAAAGAAAGGCAAACCAUUUCUCCUUCAAACUGAGGUAAUCUCUCUGAUGCUGGAAAUGUUUUAUCUAAAGGAUGGAUUUACCACAGAGUCAUAUUUGAAUCUGGAGUUUCAUUGGGCAGUUCUGAAUAGUCCUAAGGGAAGGGAGACCUCUGUCAAGGGUAAGUUUUUCAGAGAAAAAGGAUCAAGCUGUUGGGAAGGCUUUGGGAGCUAUCUGUGUGGUCAUCCAUGGCCUCAUUCUGACGUCCAAAUUGUCCUGGGACCCUCCACUGGGGUUGGGGCAGUCCCAGAUUUGGACCACCCUCCACACCCACGCCCAACCUCACAGUCUCAGCUGUUUCACUUAAUGUUGCAUCAGGGAUGGUGAUGAAAUCAGUAUCAGCGGAUUUUACCCACGGAUGCAACAGGCUGAAGGACUGAGCCGGGGUCACUGACAUUGUGCACCUUCAACCACCCAGGACUCCUGGACUUCUAGCCAGGGGGAAGGGGCUGGGUACUGGAAUGACUCAGUUGGAUUUCUAGCCUUGGCUUAUACUGGUGCGCCCCCCCCCACCCCAAAUCACCUGAAUUCCACAGAGCCCAUGAAAUUUGGGCCACUAAAGUUGAGCAGUCAGAUGGUUCUUAGCAACAGCUCUCACCCUCCCAUAGCCCUCCUAUCCUCCAAAGUGAGGCCUGAGGUGAGGGAAAAAUAAUACCUUGUACUGAACUUAUGUGGCUUCAUAGUUCACAAAGUGCUUUCAUAUCCAUUCUCUCCCAGUGGAAAUCAAAAUGUUCCCAAUAGAGAAGAAAAAGCCCCCUUAUUCUUAGAUUGAGGGCAUCAGGUGGGGACCAAACUUCAUUCCAAACUCGGCUAACCAUCCUAUUAAGAGAUGAAUGCAUGCUUCUGUUUUGGUUUUUACUCAGGCAGGAGGAGAUGAGGAAAUUAGUUUUGAAGGGAGGGAAGAUAUCGCUCUGGAGGCAAAAAGAUGUGGGAAAGGUUAAACAGGAAGGAACUUAAGACUAGAUUCAUUUAAAUAUUUGUUACACCCACCCCUACCCUUUUCCACAGCCACUUUGAUUCCUGGAGAGCAUUACACACAAGUCCCAUCCCAGGCCUCCAGCCACAGCAACCACACGACUCAUUUCCCCUGGAACUGAGGCUGCUUACCUGGGCUCUCCACGGAGGGGGAUGAUGCAGGGAGGGGAAUCCCACCUGCUGUGAGUCACCUGCUAGUAUAAAGGGCGGGUUUUACGAUGCAGGGACCUUAAAAAGAGACUCAGAGACAAGAGAAAAUCUACAGGAAGCAGCUCAGAAACUCGGUGAACAACAGAGGGAUCCAAACCAGAGGUGCGCAGAACAGGCUCAGAGCAAGAAGUGACAGAGACUCCACAGGGACUGAAAGGCACGGAACCAGCCAGAUCUGAAAAGCAGGCAAAGAGAUGCUGGGAAGCAGAGCUGUGAUGCUGCUGCUGCUGCUGCUGCUACUGCCCUGGACCUCUCAGGGCCGGGCUGUGCCUGAGGGCAGCAGCCCUGCUUGGGCUCAAGGCCAGCAGCUCUCACAGCAGCUCUGCACGCUGGCCUGGACUGCACAUCUACCAAUGGGACAUGUGGAUCUACCAAGAGAAGAGGGAGAUGAUGAGACUACAAGUGAAGUCCCCCAUAUCCAGUGCGGGGAUGGCUGUGAUCCUCAGGGACUCAGGGACAACAGUCAGUCCUGCUUGCAAAGGAUCCACCAAGGCCUGGUUUUUUAUGAGAAGCUCCUGGGCUCAGACAUUUUCACAGGGGAGCCUUCUCUACACCCUGAUGGCUCUGUGGGCCAGCUUCACGCCUCCCUACUGGGCCUCAGGCAACUCUUGCAGCCCGAGGGUCACCACUGGGAGACUGAGCAGACGCCAAGCCCCAGUCCCAGCCAGCCCUGGCAACGCCUCCUUCUCCGCCUCAAGAUCCUUCGCAGCCUCCAGGCCUUUGUGGCUGUAGCUGCCCGGGUCUUUGCCCAUGGAGCAGCAACUCUGAGCCAGUAAAGCCAGCAGCUUAAGGAUGACACCAAGACCUCCAUGGCUCAGCAAUGCUAAAAUGAAGCUAUGAGCCAACAAGUUCAUCAGUCCAUUAAUUUUAAUGGGACUUGCUCUGUUGAAAACUUACCUACACUGACUGAUUUAUGAUGCUGACCUAGGACAAGGUUGAAUAUUUAUUAGAUGGCAAGGGAAAUUUGGGGAUUAUUUAUCCAUAGCAGCAGUUUGGGAAGGAGGAUUAUUUAUUAUAUUUAUACUGAAUUAUGAUGUUUUUCAAUAAAGACUUAUUUAUGUGGA